CAGUUAUUUCCCAAACUGCCCCUCCCUCCACGCAGAGCUACUGAGGGAAGCGACAGAAGAAGAUCCACCAGUAGCAGUAGUAGUAGAUGGCUUUACUCAUACCUCCUUCUUCGCCGAUUCCAUUCCCAUCUCUGGGUUUCAAAGCGCACAACUUUCCUUUCAUCUUUAAGUCAACGUCUGCUAGAACCGCUCUCCGUAUUACCAGGAGCACUGCCUCCUCAACAAUGGCGACUGUCGCCCAAAGGAAGCUGCCGAUUCUGCUCUUUGACGUUAUGGACACCCUUGUUCGCGACCCAUUUUAUCAGGACGUCCCCGCCUUCUUCCGAAUGCCUAUGAAGGAAUUACUAGAAAUCAAGCAUCCUACUGCAUGGAUUGAGUUCGAAAAGGGCCUUAUUGAUGAGGUAGAGUUAGAAAGAAAGUUUUUUAAAGAUGGGAGAUCAUUUGAUAUGGAAGGCCUCAAAAACUGUAUGAGAAAAGGAUAUUCUUACAUCGAAGGUGUUGAGGAAUUACUUAGUGUGUUAAAGGCAAAUGGCUAUGAAAUCCAUGCUUUCACAAACUAUCCUAUUUGGUACAAAAUGAUCGAAGAGAAGUUAAAACUUUCAAAAUACUUAUCUUGGACUUUCUGUUCCUGUAUAAUGGGAAAGCGGAAGCCUGAACUUGAUUUUUACUUGGACGUUCUGAAACAUCUCGAUGUUGAGCCAGCCAGCUGUAUCUUUGUUGAUGAUAGACAAAAGAAUGUUGAAGCUGCCAUUGAAGCUGGUUUGAGAGGUCUUCAGUUCAAGAGCGCGGAUGUGCUGCGCAAGGACUUAUCGCGUCUUGGUGUUGACAUUCAAACAAGCGAAAGUAAAGAUCUGGCUGAGUGUUCUUAAGCCGCAAAUCUCCCCCGAUUUCAGAGCCAUAAUGUAUGUAUAGUUUGGCUCAUAAAGGGGAAAAAUGGACAUUUUGAAAAAGAUGUUUGACAGAGAAGGCAAGAUGAUUCAAACAAUAAGCUGUUCAUGUUCAGCAAAAUUGUGUUCAAAGUUCAGCAUAUUUCAAGUGCAGAGCAACUAUUUAUAGUUGUUUGGUUCCAUUU